AUGCCAAGCAUUCCGCUCCCCGGAGAACCCCAGGGCCGAUCACUCACCGAUAUCCAUGGGGUCGGCCUCGGGUCGAACGAAGUAUUCUGGAAGCUUUCUCCCUCUGGAUGGAAGCUGGUUUUGGCGGGGUUGGGUGGGGGAGAGAGAGGGACAAACGAACGGGCUUUGGAUAGCCGUAUGCAGCCGAAUCGGCAUUCGGUAAAUGAUAAAUUUAAAGCAAUCGGAAGCGAAGACGCAGUCAUUGACAGCCGAAUUACCAUUGGAUAUGAUCUUAUUGGCAUCAAACCUCCUGAAAGAGCCGAAGAAGGAGCACAGUUUUACCCGGCUGCUUAUCUAGAUCUGCCUGUGAUGCUCCACCUGAAGGUUCCACCAGCUUCGAAACCCGUAAUCUUCAACCGAAUGAUCCAGUUUUGA